AGAGGUCUCUGAUUCACAAUCUCUACUUGACCGGAAAAUCUCCAGAAAAUUUGAUAAAAUUUUUAUUUGUUUUUGAUAUCCAGCUAUCACAGUGUUAAUUCUCCCACUUGCGGUCUAAUAUCCAUCAUCACACCAUGUCCGUCCCGGAAAACCUGAAGCAACUCUUUGAGUACAUCGAGGCUCAUAAAGGACAAUAUAUAGAGACAUUGCGUGAAGCUGUGGCUAUUAAAUCUGUGUCAGCUUGGCCAGAUCAUCGAGAUGAGAUUACAAAGAUGGUGCAUUGGACCAAGAAGAAACUCGAGAAUCUUGGAGCCACUGUGGAAUUGGCUGAUGUUGGAAAGCAAACUCUGCCAGAUGGCAAAGAAAUUCCUCUCCCUGAAGUUAUUCUGGCAUCUCUUGGGAAUGAUCCAGCAAAGAAGACUGUACUGAUUUACGGGCAUUUGGAUGUGCAACCAGCUCUGAAAGAGGAUGGUUGGGACACUGAACCUUUUGUCCUCACCGAGAAAGAUGGCAAAAUGUUUGGUCGAGGAUCCACUGAUGACAAGGGUCCUGUAAUCUGUUGGAUUCAUGCCAUUGAGGCAAUGCAGGCUCUCAAACAGCCCAUUCCGGUCAAUUUGAAGUUUGUCUUUGAGGGAAUGGAAGAGAGUGGAAGUGAGGGAUUGGAUGAAUUGCUAUUUGCAAGAGCUGGAACAUUCCUCAGUGGAGUGGAUUAUGUUUGCAUUUCGGACAAUUAUUGGCUUGGCAAGGAGAAACCCUGCAUAACUUAUGGACUUCGGGGAAUUUGCUAUUUUGGAAUUGAAAUUGAAUGUGCCAAGAAGGAUUUGCACAGUGGAGUCUUUGGUGGAAGUGUCCAUGAGGCAAUGGCGGAUUUGAUCUAUUUACUAAAUACCCUGGUUGAUAGUCAGGGACACAUUCAAGUGCCCAAUUUGUACCGCGAAGUGGCUCCAUUGUUGCCUAAUGAGAAAGAGAUCUAUGAGAGUAUCAGUUUCGAUUUGAAUUCCUAUCGUGAGGAUUUAGGUGCUAAACAACUUUUGCAUAGAGAUGACAAAGUGAAGACUUUGCAACAUCGCUGGCGCUUCCCAAGUCUCUCUAUUCAUGGCAUCGAGGGGGCCUUCUAUGAACCUGGUCAGAAGACUGUAAUUCCCAGGCGUGUCAUUGGGAAAUUUUCCAUUAGGAUUGUGCCCAAUCAGUUGCCGGAGCAGAUUGAGGAAUAUGUGAAGGCUCAUGUGGAGGCAAAGUGGCGUGAGAGGGGAUCGCCCAAUUCAAUGAAAGUCUACAUGGCUCAUGGUGGAAAACCCUGGACAGAGGAUCCAAAUCAUCCGCAUUACCAGGCUGCCAAAGAAGCUGUUAAGCAUGUCUUUGGCGUUUAUCCGGAUAUGACACGUGAGGGAGGAUCAAUUCCUGUGACACUGAGUCUGCAACAGGCCACUGGAAAGAAUGUCAUUCUCGUGCCUGUGGGAGCAGCUGAUGAUGGAGCUCACAGUCAAAAUGAAAAAUUGGAUGUCCUCAAUUACAUCCAAGGGACUAAACUCUUGGGAGCAUAUCUCUACGAGGUGGCACAGCUCAAGUAAAUACAAAUUAACAGGAAAUCAGAUUAUAUGCAUCACAAUAAUAAAUCACUUUAUUUGAAGUCAA